CGGAGCCGGCGUUGAACGUUUGGGUGCCUUCCGACCAAUGCUGUGUCCGCGGCCGCCAGCCUUCGCUUUGCCGCAACACAGGCCCAAAGGUCCUCCUGGUGCAGGAUGGACAGGCGGGAAAGCUGGCCCGGGCCUCCGAGUGGAGGAACGGCCAAAGACGCAGCCGAAGGCCUUGGUGCCGCCUAAAGUGGAAACCCGGCGGAAGGAUGCAACAGCCUGCCAAAGUGCAGACCCACCUGUGGCAGCACCGAAUGGCGCGAGGUCGCCCGAGCCAAAGAAAACCCCUGCAGGUCUGGUGCCCAAGGCCCAUCAGCGGGCGCGCUCCAACUCUUUUCUAAGGGAUCCUGAGGCGAAGCUGCGGCAGAUCUUUGACAGCGUCGAUCGAAACGGUGGGGGCGUCGCGGACCGGAAGCUGGGCAGCGGCCGGAAGCUGUGCCUCGAGUUCAGGUUGGUAGCGGCCUUGCUGUGGAUCAUGGCACCCGGACUCCGACCGAUCCCUGGUAGCUUGAGCGUGUUGACCGUGGCGUUUGUUCGAAGCAGGGUGUCCCGGCGCCAUGACCCACAGCCAUAGCUCCAAAAACUCUUAUCCACUGUUUGCAGUACG